CACCAAACCCCAUCGCCAUCAUGUCAGAGGGCGCACAAGGACUGCUGCAGCCUCAGAUCUUUGAGAGCCUGCAAAAGAAGAUUGAUGAAGAGACUGAAGUCAGAGAUUCAAUCCGUGAAAUCGUGCAAACUCUUGAAAAACAAGACCGAUCAACUCAAGCAAUUCUUUCUCGUGCACAUUCGUCGAGCAAUAGCGAGCUCCCCGCUGUCGUUUCUUCCGCCCAGGAAUCCAUCAACAAGGAGGUUGAGUCGAUUGCCAAGCUCUCUGAUGCUGCAUCAAAGUACCCCUACUACAAGUACAAUGGCAUGUGGACAAGACAUGUGCAAGACGCUUCUUUCUCGAUUCUCCUGUGUGGAUACCUUGGUGGGUUCUCGGAUGUUGGUUCAGGAUCUCAGGAUGGCCGUCUUUUGACCAUCGAAGAAGUUGGCAAGAUCAUGAACAUUCCUGUCAACGUCAAGGAUAGAGACGUUUUCCAUCUGACUAUCGAGGAAUAUCUCCAAUCGCUAAUCUCCCUGAUCGAUGAGCUGGCACGCCUUGCUCGCAACAGUGUCACUCAAGGUGAUUACUCACGUCCUGUCCACAUUGCAAAGUUCAUCAAGCACCUCCAUGCCGGCUUCCAGAUCUUGAACCUCAAGAACGACUCUCUUCGCAAGAGAUCUGAUGGUAUCAAGUACCGCGUCAAGGAAGUUGAGGAUGUAGUCUAUGACCUCAGUCUCAGGGGUCUUACUCCUAAGGAAUAGAUACCUUUUACCACCGGCAAAUGAACCAAAGGCCGCGUGCGGCUUCUAUACAGUGUUAAGCAUACGAGGAUAGAAAAGCUAGCUAUGCAGUUGCCAAAGCCGCAGUAUAUGCUUCCAAGCUUAUUCCCGUGCGAGGGAGUAUGGCACAAUAUGCUUGUGGCGUUCUCGUUGUCCCGCCGAACAGAACCGUUCUCUUAUCAAAAAAAUCAUUAUGGUUUUCGACCCAAAUCAAUGAGGCGAUCUCGC